AUGCAAUCAUGUCUGAACUACGAUCACGCAACUCAGAUAUUCCUUGACUCAGCCUGCCAGAGAUGUCGGAAGCUUAAAGCAAAGUGUGUAGUUCUCCUUCCAAGAGACAUCAAGUGUGCUCGCUGUGUGCAAGACCUCGCAGGUAUGUGGAGCAAUGUAGUUGGAGUUGCAUAUUCUUAUUUCAUAUCAGUUAUGUCCAAGCGGGGACCACGAAAAGGAUAUCUGCGCGAGAUUGAGAACAGGCUACGUCGAGUAGAGGGUCUUUUAACGCAAAUCAUGACUUCUCAAGACCCCCACGCGAAGGAAUUGAUGGUCACGCUCUGGAACGAUCCUUCGGCACGUAUCGUGCUGAGUGAGGUGGAUUCAGGCCCUUUCGGCCAUACUGGGAAGCAAUUGCCGGAAGCUCGUACAACCAAAUCCCAACUUUUAGCUCCGUUCUACAUGGAAGAACGCCCUGAUAAGGGUUGGAGAGUUGACUUUGAACUGACCGAACGAGCAAACGACAAGGCUGACAUCGCAGCUGCACAGCAACAGGAGAAUACUCCACUGCAGUUCACGUCUACAUUCUCAUCCAACGCACACUUCCUGCUGGCGCCGAAGAAAGCUAGCUCUCUGGGGCGAUUGUAUUCUCUACAUCGGCCUGGGCCCACCGACCGCGAGAGUCGCAUCAAGCAGGGUACAUCGCCACAAGAAUCGGGAGCUCUCAUGGAGCGCGUGGAUAGCCCCGGAGUGACGCCAAACGAGCAGCUUGCGCGGGCAUCAUCCGUAACGUCUUCCAAGAAGCGUGCAAUUGAGGAUCGGAGCGGCAGCGACAACCAGCACCAAACAGCCAAGCGAAUCAAGAUGACUCACCACACGGACCAGAAUUUCGGACAUUAUUCGUCAAGUGCUUCUCUUGCUGGCAAUGGCACAUCGACACCCCUUGCACACCGAGUGUUAUUUCCCAUAGAAGCUAGAGGGGAAUCGCGCUAUGUCGUGAGCAGAUCGUACGCGGAAGGGCCUUCUGUUAGAUUAGGGAUGCAGAAUAUGCGACUUAUUCGAUGGGCAUUGCGGUUAUUCACGAUCUCAGCCAGUUCUUAA